UGUUGUUUUUCUGUGUGUAUUUGAAGGGUGCAAACAGCUAUGGACAACUUGGUCUUGGUCAUAAAGAGGAUGUUCUGGUACCCCAGUCACUGAAAGAUGUUUCCUGCAAAUGUCAAGACAUUAAAAGCAUUACUGGAGGAGGGGGACAUUCUGCAGUUAUCACUGGUGCAGGACAACUCUUUGUAUGUGGCCAUAAUAAAGAUGGGCAGUUGGGAUUGAAUCACACAGAGGAUGUACUGCGUUUUACUUUGUGCACUGCCUUGUCUGGCCUCUGUGUAAAAGAAGUUGCCUGUGGCUGGGAUUUUACAAUCAUAUUAGUAGGAUCUGGCCUAGUUCUGUCCUGUGGGUCUAACUCUUUUGGACAAUUAGGAGUUCCUCAAAUUUCAGGUCCGUGCUUGAUUCCACAAAAGAUUGAG